AAGCGGAAUAGAGGCUCAGAGCGCAUCCGUGAUGAUGAAAUCGGUGCGCGUUCAGUUCAGCGCUGCUCCCUCAGCUGUGAGGAAGGAGUUUGGUGUAUUCCAGCGCGUAUACGCCCCCUACGCUCCUCUCCUCCUCCUCCUCUUCUCCUCUUCUCCUCUCUUCUCAUCCAUCCACCCGAGAGCUGCUCUUCCCCCUCUGUCCGCUGCUACGCUCAUUCAUCCUCUCGGACAGUCUCCAUCCUUUGACGGAGAACAGAAGAAGCAGGGCGGCGGCAUUCGCAAGCCCUAAAUGGUCGGCAUUUGGACGGAAAUCCGCGCGUCAAACCUGGAGAGACAGGACUGCAAGUGAUUGCUAUGUCAGAGAGAAGUUCAACCACAAAGAAUACAGCAGACGGAGGUUAUAUGGAUCACGAUUCAAAGAUGUCGGAUGAGCACAGAGAUACGGAUGAUUCGUCGGAGAAAACGCCAAGUAGGAUGUCCAGAUCCCCGCAGAAAUCCUCCAAAAGACCAAAGACAGUACCUGUGAAAGUCACACUGCUAGAUGGAUCUGCCUAUGAGACCGGGGUGGAGAAGCUCUGCAAAGGACAAGUGUUACUGGAUGCGGUAUGUGAACAUCUCAACCUCUUGGAGAAGGACUACUUCGGCUUAACCUUCAGUGACACAGAGAGCCAAAAGAAUUGGCUAGAUCCUUCAAAAGAAAUCAAGAAACAAAUCCGUGUGGGUCCCUGGCAUUUCUCCUUUGCUGUCAAAUUCUAUCCUCCCGAUCCGUCUCAGCUGAUUGAAGACAUCACACGGUAUUACCUGUGUCUGCAGCUGAGGGAGGACAUACUGUCAGGUCGUUUGCCCUGCUCGUUUGUCACUCAUGCUCUACUGGGCUCAUACGCCGUUCAGGCUGAGCUGGGAGACUAUGACCCAGAGGAACACGGGCCAGACUACAUCAGCGAGUUCCGCUUCGCCCCCAAUCAGACCCGUGAGCUGGAGGAGAGGGUGAUGGAGCUGCACCGCACCUACAGGGGCAUGAGUCCUGCAGAGGCCGAGAUCAACUUCCUGGAGAACGCCAAGAAACUCUCCAUGUAUGGCGUUGAUCUCCAUCAUGCUAAGGACUCUGAAGGCAUUGACAUCAUGCUAGGAGUGUGUGCCAGUGGCCUCUUGAUCUAUAGAGACCGGCUGCGUAUCAACCGAUUCGCCUGGCCCAAGAUCCUCAAAAUAUCCUACAAGAGAAGCAACUUCUACAUCAAAAUCCGACCUGGAGAGGUAGAGAAAAAGUACGAGCAGUUUGAGAGCACCAUUGGCUUCAAGCUGCCCAACCACCGUGCCUCUAAGCGCUUGUGGAAGGUCUGCAUUGAACAUCACACAUUUUUCAGGUUGGUCUCUCCUGAGCCUCCCCCUAAAGGUUUUCUUGUGAUUGGCUCGAAGUUCCGCUACAGUGGGCGGACCCAAGCCCAGACUCGCCAGGCCAGUGCUUUGAUUGACAGGCCAGCUCCUCAGUUUGAACGAUCAAUUAGUAGGAGGUACCUGCUGUCCCGCAGCAUAGAUGGAGAGUCUGCUUUAGGGGACACUAUGGACCGACUCUCCCAGCACACCUCUUGCGAGCCUGUGCAUAGUCUUCCCAGAGAUGAGCUGGACCAGGACUACCUGGAGCCCAGUCUGGAUCAGGACCUGGACCAAGAUCAUGAACAAGAUGUAGAUCAGCGACUAGAGAGCGACUCCACUCCCUCUAAGACUAUGGAGCUCAAGAGGGAGGAGGCAGGCUCUCCUGUAGACUCUAAGACAGAGUCGGACCAGGACUUGGCCCCACGUCCUAAACAGGAGCAGUUCCUGGAUAAACCAGAGGAUGUGUUGCAAAAACAUCAAGCCAGCAUCAAUGAGCUGAAAAGAGCGCUGAGAGAGCCCAACAGCAAACUGGUCCACAGAGAGAAACGUCUCUCUGGAGCUUCAUCCGGUAGCACUCCGGAGAAAAAAUCUGCCUCAGAGGAGUCCCUAUUGAUUGAGAAGCAAGAUGGUUGUCAAAGAGACCUGCCCCUCAGUAAAAAAGACGAAAAGAGCAGGAGUCCUAGAGUAGCUUCAUUAGCCACUGGAUUCAACAGAGAGACAGAAGACAGAAUAAGAGAAAAAUCCAUCACCACACACAGUGAAACGAGAGAAAAACAAAAUGUAGUAAAAAGGACCUUAACAGAAACCAUCCUAUCACCAGAGAAGCCCCUGAGAAAUCGUGCUAAGAGCCCUGCUUUAAGGUACAACCAUUUCCAGGGAGCUGGUUCUUUGGAGGAGAAAGCAUAUGAUAAUGGGCACCCGCAGGACAGAUCUUUGUCAGAGAAUGUCAUUCAUACAAAUGGAUGCGAUGAAUAUGCAACAGAGAGACUCUGGGGCGAUAAAAAGUACAUAACCAAUAGAGAAGACGAGACCAUGAAUCAAGACUUAGCAAGGCAUGUAGAAAGAAGCUUCGGAGAGGCUUCUCCCAAUGCAGCCAUAGACAAAUAUAUGAGAGAUCGAUAUAAUGAAAGCCGAUGGGAGAGACAAUCCUGUGAAAAAGAAUCCGAGAACACCAGAGCUACUUUACAGAAGCAAACAUCUAAACAAGAUCCUAAAGGUAAAGGCUCAACAAUCCAGAGACAUGAUUCUACUGCAAGCGACACAUCACAGUCCGAGGUGAAACGAAUUGUUCCACUGAAGCCUGAGCGGUCGAAGAAGUUGAAAGGCAGUAAAGGAGCCAAGCUGCAAGGACAACCAAGUGAGAAGAGCAUUUCAGGAUCAUUUGAUGAAUGGGAAGGGACCAAGUCUAAAGAAGAGCAAGUUGGGUUCGAUAAUGCCCUGGAUGGCUUUUUUCAGCACGGAAAUUCUGCUGCUUUAGAAAGCACUGGAACUUUUUCCAAGCAAGACUGGAUGAGUAAUUGUCACAAUAGGGAAGUCAGAGAAUAUAGCCGACAGUCUGUCCAAGACAGGCCCCAAUUAAGAGAUCUCAAGAACAGUGCAGACCACAGACUUAGUAUCGAACAAGAUCAGUUUCUUUUUGAAGAUCCAUUGUUUAUGUUUGACUUUCCCACCAAUUCAGCAUUUCCAGCCUUUGACCAGAUUCCCCCUUUAUACCCACCUGUAAAAUCCCAGAGGGCAAGAGAUACACGUACCAAACCAAUCACCAAAAGUGAUUCUGGCAACAGUCUUCACAAGAGCUCCACCAUGGAAUCUUCCAAGAGGAAACCAGUGGAGCCCCUUCCCACUCCAGCAAUUCAUGCGGAGCCUCAGGAGGAAGCGCAGAGAGAGCCCUGGGAGAGACGCUUGGGAUCAGUAUCAGAAGAUGACCCUGACCCAGACACUCUGUACCUGAAGGAGACUCACCUGGGCAUUGAGCGCAAAUGCUCGAGUAUCACUGUUAGCUCAACAUCUAGCCUGGAGGCUGAGGUGGACUUCACUGUGCUCAUGGACUUCCAAUCGGGUAUUGAGGAAUUUUCUAGAGGCAUGACUGAGCUGGGGGAGAAAGACUUCUCACCUGAGUUUGGCUUCUCUGACCGUCCCACCCAUCCAGCCUUUAUACUGGGAGCAGAUCCUAUCUACCUUCCAGAAGAGAGACAUGUAGAAGUUCAGAGGCCCGUAGAGAAACCAAAGCCCGUUGUAGAACAGAAGCCACCAGAGGAACGUAAACCGGAGCCUUUUGUACCUAAGAAAGCUCCACGGUCAGUGAAAGCUGCCCAAGCCCUGAGGAAAGACUCUACAGAACAAGCUAAUGCCCAGUCGAUGAGAAGGGAGAGCUCUGAAUCGCCCCCAAUCCAUCCUCUAAGCAGAGAGAGCAGUGAAAUCAUUGCCUCCCAAGCUCUAAGGAAGACCGAGGUCAAGAUCGAGACGCAGCCCAAUGGCUCUGAGGUCACCACAACCAUAAUGGAGAUUGCAGACCCGGACCACGGUAUUAGUGGUAUGCGAGAGGCUGCAUACUCUAUGACAGAGAGAGUCUCUCCUGUGAACCUGGGAUCAUUAGGUAGAGAUGGUUCUCCUCUAAUGGUAACUGAGAAUGUAACAUCAGCCACUACAACGCAUGUUACAAAGACGGUGAAAGGAGGCUACUCAGAGACAAGAAUUGAAAAGAGGAUUAUCAUUACCGGUGAUGAUGACGUCGAUCAAGAUCAGGCGCUCGCCAUGGCAAUAAAAGAAGCCAAGCAACAGCACCCUGACAUGUUGGUAACCAAGGCUGUAGUUGUCAGGGAAACAGAAUCUUCCACUCAAGAUCCACAUGGGGAAUUGAAGUCCUGAUCUCCUCAGUUCUCAGGACUUCAACGAGAAGCAACUGUUCCUCAAUGACUGCCAGUGGGUCACCAACAUCGACAGACCUCUUAUACUAAGCUUCUUGCUUCCACUUACAUAAACAACACUAACAUUUACACAUGCACACAAACACAUGCUGCCUCCCAGACAUCAGAACCGAUUCCUUCUCAUGUAAUUUCUAUUUUGUGUCUACAUUCGCUGUGGUAAUAUGGACAUGCUCGUUCAAGAGGCGCGCGGUCUUCUCAGCUGAGGACCGUCUGGGAAGAACAGACUCAGCAUCACAUCGAUCAGACGAUUUAGCUGCCAUUGUAGUCUCUUGCUUUUUCUUCACGAAUGUGAAAACUAACCAAGCGUACUAUCGACAGCCCGAUGCUAACAUCAAGCAUGAGGCACAGGGCUUUUUGAUGAACAUUGCAGAAGAUUUAGCUUAGUGGAUUGACAGUAGUGUCUAUUGAGUAGUUUUUCUAGGGCUCAUUGAGAUAUAACACUUUUUGCAAACACUGAACUGUAGGGAAAAGCCUAGAUAGCGUACAUACAGUAUGUCGUGCUUCUCUGAUCAACAAACAUUAUGUUGCUAUUCUGAACCUCAUCUGCAUGUGGCAAAGCAGGGUUUAAAAUGUUUUAAUAUACAUCCAACUAACUAAAAACUCUGGUUCAGUGUCCUUACAAACCAGAGAGGAAAACGAGACAGACUGUAUUAAUGUAUGAUUGCCAAACCUUUCGACGGUCCUCUGAAAAGUAUUUAUUUCCAUAUUAGACAUAAUAUGAAGAUAGUGGACUUACACAUUCCCCCCCUGGAAAUUUCUUGUUAAUUACUGCUGUAUUGUUUUAUAGUUUUUUCCCUCUCGGUAGUCAUUACAUAUGCUAUAGAUAUCAUGAACAGAGAAAAAUGAAACAUGCAAAUUUUAAGUACAGACUUUUUCAAGGUACCAGUAGUAGUCAAACUUUAGAUUUUAGAUUCAAAAUAUCCCCAUAUGACAGUUUUGAAAUGCACAAUACAAACAGUAACACGUUUGCUUGUUGAAUGCUCUAUUUCAUUUUCCUACACGUGUUGUUAAACUGUGAAAAAUGAUUUGAAGUCCAAAGAAGCCAAACCUAAUUUGAGUUCAGUACAUGCUGACACAGUUACAUAAUUAUUUAAUGUGUUAUGUGCAUGUGCGUUUAGACUUGAAGCAUUUGAAGAAAAAUCAGUUUAUUAAGAUUGCAGAAAACAAUUUAGUAUUAUUUUCCAACAAGCUGAUAUUUAACAAACUCCCUACUGCUCUAUACGUUUAUGAAACUUGUGUGAUUUUAUUUUUUAAACUGUUCCUUCUCACACAAUGCUGUGCCAAUGAACUAAUGAUUUUUAAUCACUGUCGAAAUGAUUCAGAUUUGUUAGAUAUGAGAACUUUUAUGUGUAAAUGUCAUGAGCCUGUGGUUUUCAGUGAAGCGUGACCCUUGAGCCAUGAUUCCCUUUACAAACGUUUCCUCUGUGAAAGCAGUAGAAAUCCUGGACAGGACGUGUAUGUGUUCUAGUAUUGAAUGGAUGAAUGAGCUUUGAAUUGUGUGUAUUGCCAAAUGAAAAACAUAGCAUACUUUAUAUUAGGAUGAAAGAAUGCCAGGAUAGAGUCUUAAUAACCUUUGCUAACAUGGUCAAGGCUAGUUGUUGUGUAACUAACGCAUUUGUUCAGGACUGUGCACUAUGUGAAAAUUAUAACACUUCACACAACCUGCAGAUAUCAGAAGGGAAAUUUGUAUACUUCCAACUUGUACAGUUACAGAUUUUUGAGGACACAAGAGCUGUUCUUGAAUAUAAAGAAAAGAGGUGCCAUGCAAAGGUUGAUAGAUGGAUUCCAAAUCAACCACAGCGUUCUUUCGCCAGCCCAUCUGCUAAGCCUAUGUCCUUGUUUAUGCUGUACAUGUUGCACUGAAGAUCUGAACUUUGAGGAAAACGAGUGAAGCUUAGAAAACUACUUUAAGAAUUGAUUCCCCUGAGAUUCCACCUGCAGACUUCUGUUUACAUGGCUAUCCUCUCUACUUUCUACUGCUUGGUUUUGUGUGUUUGCUGUACAGUGUUCGAAAUAAAUAAGAACCAUCCAUGUG